UUCAGUGACCGUGAGCUGUCUGACAUGUUGGAAAGAGACGAAACGUGCUGACAAUUAAAAUGAUGAAUUUAGCAGCUUUAGUCCAGAGCCUCAGAUGCUCUUUGCUACAUAUUGAGAGCAGACUUCUACAGGCGGCGGGACUAGACCGACACCUUGCUCCAGCGCUGGCAGUCUAUGGCCCCAGUCUCCUGCCUCAACUCCAGCCUCAGGUUGGCCAGGACCACCAGCUGGAGGAGCAGGAGAGUCCAGAGCAGCCACCCGGCCUCAUGGACAGCAUCUUUUGGAUGGCAGUACCCAAAAAGAGACGCACGAUAGAGAUCAACCGCACCAGAAGGAGAGAUGACAGCAAACUCUUAAAAGUCAAGACCAACAUUGAGCCGUGUCCAGAGUGUGGCCACUUGAAGCAGAAACAUAUCCUGUGUGGCUUCUGUUAUGCUAAGGUGUGCAAGGAGACUUCACUGAUUCGUCAACAGAUUCAAGCAAUGGAAGGAGGCCCGCUGAGGGCCCCAACAGUGGAGACGGUUGUGCUGUAUGAGGGUGAGACACCAAGCCAGCAGGUCAAAGACAAGAGGAUAGUGGAGAGAACCAGAAAGAGGCCUGCCUGGUUCAGCUAAUGAUGCUGUGUUUGCUACAUACCUUCAGUUUGACACAGGUGUGGUCAGUUACAUACUGAUGGUUUAUUUGACAUAGUGAACAGCAUAUUUUGUUCAGGCUGUUAUCCAGUAAAAGGAAGAGGUUUUGUUUCCACAAACAUGAUCCACAAUGGGAUCUGCUUGUUUGAUCACAGGAGAAACGUUUUCACUUUCCGGUAUGGUCACUGUCUGUGACCAUACUGUACUAUAUCAUUAACACAUGGGUAGAAAACACAACGUCAAAGUCUUUGGAGUUGUUGGUAUCAGACAUUGUUCAUUUUUUGACCGUUUGUCAGACUUGAAGCCAGUCUGAGAGAAAUUUACUGUAUAUUUGAAUGUUUCACAAUAAAUUCAUUAUAUGAAAAAACAA